AUGGGCGAGGCGCGUCACACCAAAGCUUGCCGGGUCCUCCUAAAGCCAAACCGGAAUUCCACUGAAAAUUCACCGACAGUUCAGUGUAUGCUCACACGUCCCCUCUCGGUGGUGUUCGCGGUGGAGGGCGGCCGCGUGCUUCUUCCCUGCGACGUAUCCCCACCCGUGCCCACUGACGCUACAAUCCUCGUCCUCUUCUACCACGGCGCCACGGGGACGCCCAUCUACAGAGCAAGCGUCAGGCAGCCAGGGAGUGACAAGCAUCGACGGGCGGAGUGGCCUGAUCGAGGGCGGGGCGGCACUGGCAGGACAAGGACAUGCUGGGGACUCGCGCCUACUUCGACAUGUCCUCGGAGCCGCCCGGCCUGGUGCUGCCAGCCCGUCAACGCCUCAGACCACGCCGAGUACCGAUGCCGCGUGGACUUCCGCUCCUCUCCCACCAGGAACGUAGCGGUGCAGCUCGAGGUUAUAGUGCCGCCCAAGAAGAUCCGCAUCCUGAACGAGGAGGGCCUGGAGGUGAGCGGCGUGAUCGGCCCCUAUCCACUCGGCGCCUCCCUCACUCUCAUCUGCCAGGUGGACACAGGUCGGCCUCGCCCCACGCUGUCCUGGUUCUUCGAAGAGAAGCUGCUGGAUGACGUGGUGGAGGUGCGGCGCGGGGAGGUCACCAGCAACACCCUACACCUGCCCUCGCUCGACCGGGAUUACCUGUACCGCGUCCUCACCUGCCAGGCGUCCAACUCCAACCUGUCUGUGCCUGUCGCGGCCACCGUCACUCUGGAUAUGAGCUUCCCGCCCCUGGACGUGAGGAUCAUGGGGACGCGCGCCAGUCUUGCAGAGGGGCAGCGGUACGCCAUCGUGUGCGAGUCCUCGGGGUCCCGGCCCUCGGCGACCAUCACCUGGUGGAAGAAUGGCAUGAUGAUGACUGACACCAAGAACCAGAUCUUCAACGAAGGUAACGUGAGCCGCUCCACUCUCUACCUUACGCCGAGUUUGGCCGACGAUGAUGUGUACGUGUCAUGCCGCGCUAAGAACCCUCUGGUGCCCAACGCGGUGCUUGAGGACUCCAGGAAGCUCAACGUGCACUACACUCCGCGGCUGUCCCUGGCGGCGGGGCUCAAUCUGGACAUGGAGGACAUCAAAGAAGGGGAUGACGUAUACUUCGAGUGCGGAAUCAAAGCCAAUCCGCCAGUCUUCAAAGUCCAGUGGUAUCAUAACGGCGAGGAGCUGAACCACAACGUGUCGGCGGGACUGAUCCAGAGCAACCAGAGCCUCGUGCUACAGCAGGUGACGCGGCGCUCUUCGGGUCAGUACACCUGCUCCGCCACCAACCUGCACGGCAUCGGCAGCUCCAACGCCGUGCAGCUCAGCGUUAAAUUCGCCCCAACGUGCCGGCCAGGACAGAAGGCGGUGUAUGGAGUCGGAAAACACGAGGAGCUCAACGUUACCUGCAGUGUUGAAGCGCAUCCUGAGCCGGCCUCCUUCAGGUGGGCGUUCAACAGUUCCUCGGAGGUGGUGGACAUUCCCUCCACAAAGUUCUGGGUGGUGGGUAACGGUAAGAGUCAAGCCUCCUACACUCCGCGCACGCACCUCGACUACGGCUCGCUGCUGUGCUGGGCUAACAAUGAGGUGGGCAGGCAGCAAGAGCCCUGCAUCUACCACAUCAUCCAUGCCUCGUCCCCGGAGCCAGUCAACAACUGCACAGUACAGAACGUGAGCUCGACCAGCGCCUCGGUGCGGUGCCAGGCGGGCUGGGAUGGCGGCCUUGCCCAGACCUUCACCCUCUCCGUCACCCCCGCCCGCGCCUCUGCCCCGAACUCUGGCACCAGGGACGACGAGGGCAAGAAGGAGGCCGCACCAAGGGUCCUCGCCAAUACCUCCACCUCCCCGAAGCCUGAGUUCUACCUGACGGGACUCGAACCUGGGACCAAGUACGUGCUGACGAUCAUGGGUGUGAACAAGAAGGGCGAGAGUGAGCCGAUGCGUCUGGCCAUCUUUACUCUGAAGGACGUGGCUGAGAAGAGGACCAGCCCAGGCGCGGGCGUAUUGGCCUUUACGCCCAUCCUAGCGGUGCUGCUGGGCGUGGUGGUGUCCCUCAUCCUCAUGGCGCUGGUCAUUGCCCUAGUGGUCAGGUCACGGCGGCCGAGGGACAACCGCAAGCAGGAGGUCAAGAUGGUUUACGACAAAGGCGCGUCUGGAUCAACCACUGCACCACUUAGGGGAGCAACGGCCGCUGAUGACGAGGACCUCUCAUCGACUGCCGGCGCCGCGGCCAACGAGGACUCCAACCCCGACGUGAUCCCCGUGAAUGAUGACCACCAGGUGAAGGAGUUACAGACCCACACAUACACCGCCGAGGCCUUGCCCAUGACGGAGCUCCAGCAGCGACACCAGCAGCUGCAGAAAUCUCCGCCUACCUCCCCUGCAUCCAGCCAGCAUCUGUCCAGCCCGCAGCAGCAACAACAGCAGCUGGCAGGGGCGGCAGAGUACUUACAGGGUCACGAUGGAUCCUUCUACAUAAACCCUGGGAAUCUGAUGCGUCAGAAGGGCAUGCCGGUGGUGCCGCGUGAGGGAGGAGGAGACCCCGGGACGCUGCUUCACAUGGGGCGUCCUCUGGCAGCCUCCUCGCCCGCCGCCCGCGCCGCCCCGCCCACACUAGGCAUGUUGAGCAGCAGCAGCAGCGGCACGGCCACUCCGGAGGGAGCAGCGACACCCCUGCUGGACCACCCUCGCAAGGCUGCCAGGGGAAGUCUCAGGGACGAUCCCCGCGAGGCCCCUAUAAGGUCCCUACCACUCGAAAGCUUCCUGCGAGAUUCCCCCAGCAGCUCAAAGUUAAGCACCUCCAAGAUCAGUGCCUCGAGCAGCUUCCGGAUGCCUCGCUCCAGGAGCCCCUCAGAGACCUGCAGGAGUGUUUCCGGCAGCUUGAAGAACGGAGACCCACGGAAGAGUCCCACAAGGACACACCUCAGUCCCUCAGGAAGCUUCAAGCUGGAACUUCCCGAGAGCGCCAAACAGGCUCUCAGCGCUCACAGGAGGGAGGGGCCGGGCAGCUUCAAGGGAGAGCUGUCGGUGCGCUCCAAGCUAGAGGUGCCAGAACCAGUGCGACGCAAUUCCAUCGGAAGCAUCGGGCCAGGGAUGCCAGAGGGCCUGAUAGAGAUCCUGACGAAGGAACAGUCGAAGAGCCGUCGACGGGAGUCCCUGGAAGUCCCGAGCCUCUUCAGCAAGGAUCGUACGGGUGCCCUAAGGCGAGGCUCCAUCGGCAGCUUCGGGAUCGUCACUCCGGAGAACAUGAGGAAAUCCUCUCUCGGAAGCUGCAAGGUUCAUUCCACACAAAGAAGUCCCUCCGGAAGUCUGCGAAGCCCCAGCAAGAGCAGCAGGAAGGACUCGCUCGGCAGUCUGGCAGGGGACUCUCCAAGGAAGAGCCCCUCAGACAAUUACAAGAACGAUUUCGGGAAUUGCAAGCUUCACACGCCAAAGCGAAGCCCCUCCGAGGGAUUUCAGAGAGAGGCCAAGGGAAGCCUCAAACUGGAGCCUCCGACCAAGAGCUCGUCCUUCUGCUUCCAGCGGGAGACAGCGCGCAGCCUCAAGAUAGACCCAAGCAGGAAUGUGGCAGAACUAAUCCAGCGAGAGUUUUCAAGGAGCCUCAAGGUGGAGUCCUCGAGGAGGAGUCCCUCAGGUGGUCAUCAGAGAGAGUCUCCGAGUGCGAGGAAGAGUCCCUCCGGGAGCUACAAGAGUCCCUCCGGCAGCUUCAAGGCCCUAGCAGAGAACCAGCACCUACGGAGGAAGAGUUGCUCUGGCGGCUUCGUCUUGGAGGCCCCGAGGAGAGAGUCCUCGGGAGGCUUAAGCGCGGAGGCCCCAAGGAAGGGGUCGACAGGAAGUUUCAAACUGGAAACACCAAAAGUGAGUCCAUCGGGCAGCACGUCAAGGGAGUCCCCGGGGAGCCGCAUGCUGGACACAUCCCGGUGCUCCAGGAAAGGCUCCUGGGCCAGCCCCACCGGAGGUUCCCCGAAUCGCCACAGAAGGAGCCCACAGUGGUCUUCCCCACAGGAAGCCGGAGCCCUCGUGCUAGCCUCGCCAGGAAGCCUCAUGGUGGAUCCACCAUGGAACACCCGGAAAAGUUCUCUGGGCACCCUGUCGGCCAGGCCGGCGUCGCUGGAGAGUCUCCUGUCAACUUCGGAGCUAGGCGCAGUGGUGCAGGUGUCCCCCGGCAGCGGCGAAACGGACGUUCUCGGCAACUUCAAGAUCGACUCGUCCAAGGAGGGUCACCUGGUGGUGACUCAGAUGAAGGGGUCACCCUCCUCUCAACCAGGUUCUAGCCAGCCGGACAAACUACGCAUUGUCUGCCCUCUGGACACCAAGAUCAGAAUAGAGCUCAAGAUGGACUAACUAGAGGCAGUCUCUGAAGAUGACGAGUGAACGCACGAUCUUGUGGGGGAUGGGUGGACGCAGAGUCAGAAUAAUUAGUGCUGGUGUGGGGUGUACGUUUGUAUGUGGCCAAUCGUGCGCCGCGAGGGAGUGCUGCUGUGAACAAUAACGCAAACAUACCAAUGGCGAGACAUAUGACCUAUUUCCCAACUGAGAGAUCCUCAACUUGUUAUGAGGAAUUCCCAUACAAACAUGUAGUGUAAACAGAGACCCAACCGGGAGACGGUGGAGAACUGCAGGCGGUGAUUGGAGUGCGUGAGGCGAGAAUCAGCCACUGACGCACGCUAGUGAGGCACAACACAUGGUGACUAUGUGGAAUACCUCUCAUGAACGGCAAUGAGAGAGAGAGAGAGAGAGAGAGAGAGAGAGAGAGAGAGAGAGAGAGAGAGAGAGAGAGAGAGAGAGAGAGAGAGAGAGAGAGAGAGAGAGAGAGAGAGAGAGAGAUUUCUCAGGAAAGAAAGACAAUAACUAUCUGGCCAAACACGUGCCCCAGAGAAGCGAGCCAACAAGAUGAGAUGGACGGAUUACGUGCUUGAAAGACUGUACGCAGCGGCCUGGUGAUAAUGAGAGAGAGAGAGAGAGAGAGAGAGAGAGAGAGAGAGAGAGAGAGAGAGAGAGAGAGAGAGAGAGAGAGAGAGAGAGAGUCCAUCAGCCCAUCAGCCCACCAGCCCAUCAGCACAUCAGCCGCAUCGCCUGGUCUCUCUCAGGUGCUCCCUUCCCUUCCCUUCCUCUCUCGCCCCUCUCCCGCCUCCCUAAGUGCUUCAAUUGAUGUCCCGGAUCGAUGUUUUAAGCGAGUCUGCCUUUGGGUGUGCCCGGACCACCUCCAUGACGCCAGUACGUAGUGGUAUAGAUGUAUCAAAGUGUUUCAUUAAUGUUUCACAGCCAGUUGUUUUUGUAAUAAUAUGUACUAUUUUCAAUGUAGCAAGAGAGAGAGAGAGAGAGAGAGAGAGAGAGAGAGAGAGAGAGAGAGAGAGAUGGUCAGAAAUGUGUGGGAGUGUAUGUUCGUUACUCACAUAAAAUAAAACAAAAAAAAUAUUCACGCGUGCUUAGCGUGGAAUAGAGUAAUUUGUUUAACGCAAUGAUGAUGAUCCUAUAAAUGGAAUGUCUUUAUUUUCAGUGUUAGUAUUGACAUUUACAUUCAUUACCACUAUUGUUCCCUCGCCAACACUUCACCUUUUUUUUGUACAAGACUUACAUAAUAGUGACCCCUUUAAUGUUACUUUUUAUCAGACAAGGAGGAGGAGGAGGACGAAAAGGAGGAGGAGGAGGAGGAGGAGGAGGACGAAAAGGCGGAGGAGGAGGAGGAGGAGGAGGAGGAAAAGAACGAAAAGAUGAGCACGGUGCAACAGGAGGGGAUGUAAUGUAACAAUGAAUAUUAUUAGAGAGGUCGUUAAGUCUCUAUACAAACCUCAUCACAACCACCACAAAUACCACCACCACCACCACCGCCGCCAGAGUCGACACCACCAUCAUUACCAAAAAAAAAAAAAAAAAAUUCCUACAAAGUGUCUUUCCAUAAAACAAAAAUUCUUAAAAUAAAUAUAAAAUAAUAACACAAAAAUAUAAACAUAAAUUUUAAAAGUUAUGAAGAAAGAGAGAAUAUAUAUAUAGAACACACACACACACACACACACACACAUUUUAGACAAUUUAUCGUGAAGCUAGACGGAGGGAAGCAGAGAAAGGAGAAGGUGGCGGAGAAGGAGGAGGAGGAGGAGGAGGAGGAGGAGGAGGAGGAGGAGAAGGAGGUCGUGGACUGCAUCUUGUUUAAAUAAGAUCUUGGUACGACUCUGAAGGAAUUUCAAUACUCGAUUACAUUCCUGGAAGAACUCUCUCUCUCUCUCUCUCUCUCUCUCUCUCUCUCUCUCAUACAAAAUGUAGUACCUGUUUCCCUUUUUGACGAGCAUUAUAUAAUUCGGGAGGAGAAAAUACUUCCUUUUAUAUACAUAUUUUUCUUCUCUCCUUUCCCUUUUCCUUUAUUGUAACAUUGCUUUCCCAUCGCGUCUGAAAGCGUGUGAUCAUUUAUCCUGCUUUGCGAAAUGGACAGAGAGAAAAGAAAAGUGUAAUUUAUAACUGUUCCAUGUGUGUGUGUGUGUGUGUUGUGUACGCAUGGCAAGGUCAAGAGGGGCUUUAGGGCUGGCUGGCGGCAUCAGACUUUCACGAGGGUCAAGUGAAGGACUCAGGAAGGGCCAAGAGAUGUGAGGCAACAAGGAAAGCUCCUCGUCGGCUUUUCAAUGCACCUUGAUAGACUCGAGUAUAAGUUGACGUGUGUAUGGAGUGACUGGGAAGAGAGUGGAUUGCAGGAGGGCUGGAUGGAUGGAAUGAUGGGAGUGGUUGGGAGGAAGACGGGAGGGUUGCAGAAGAAAUGGAUGGAUGGAGGGUGAGAUGGAUGGAUGCAGACUUUUCGUGUGGUGGUGGUGGCGAUGGUGGGAAAAAAAGGAUACAGGGAAACUGUAUAUUAGUGCAUGAAAUAGUUAUGAGGACGAAGAGUGCGUUAGAUGGAUGGAUGGAAGGUCUGAUGGAUGGAUUUGUGUGGUGAUAGUGAUGGUGGAUAGAGAGGUAUUGGGAAACCGUCUCUAAAACUCGUUUCCUUUAUGGUGUAUGUGUGUGUGUGGAGGGGCUGGAAGGCAGACGGGUGGAGGAAUGGAAGGCCAGAUGUAUAGAUGACGGAUACAGACCGAUAUUCGUGUGGUGGUGGUGAUGGUGGAAUGAAGGAUUGGGAAACAGUCUUUAUAAUUCCUUCUCCUUUGAAGUUUACAUGUAUAUAAGUUGUAUUAUGCAUAAGUUCCGUACGAAAGGAGAGCUGGAGAAAGAUAAGUCAUAGUAAGAGGAGGAUCAAAAGAAAAAGGAGGAGGAGGAGGAGAAGGAGGUAAAGGAUAAUCAGGAGGAGGAAACCGGUUGAAAUCCUCCUUUUUUUUAGUCGUUCCCUUGGGUUGUUUGUCUCCUUUGGUAACCUUUGACAUCCUUCCCUAAUGAGUGUAGGAAAGGCGUGACCUCAUGUCUUUUUCUUUUUAUCCUUAUUAUUAUUCGUGUACAUGUACGAGUAAUAUCUAGAAGUAGUGUGUGCGUAUGCAUGUGUGUGUGUAUGUGCGCUUGCGUGUGUGCGUGUGUGCGUGUGUGCGUGCGUAUGUCUGGGAGUCCUACACGCUGAUUGGUUCUCCCGUUUGGCCAUUGAUAUAACCCCUUCCCUAUUUUACUUUAUAAGGCAUCAUUACCAUUAAAGAUAACGACAUCACUAUUAGGUAAAGCUCUCAGACAUAAGACUGCUGCUGCUGCCCCCGAAGAUCACGUACGUACAGACAUCCAAACCCUGCACGCCCUCCCCUCCACUCCUGCACACCUGAAGGAGGCGCCGAGGGAGGACGAGGGAGCGCCUGCGGGAGUAUGGUUAAAAAUUAGUGUAUUUUUCACAUAUUAAAAUAUAUAUAUAUAUAUAUGUUGUUUCCGUCAGACUGGGGCAGAGGGGGCGCGGCGCUCCCCUGCCCCCACCACCACCACGUGUCACACUGUUUUGUACAGAUGUCAUGUGCUCAUCUUUAACGUCACCUGAGAAUAAAUUUAUAACAAAAUUA